AUGCACUUCACUGCCCCCUCCGUGGCCGUCCUGGCCCUCGCUGCCGGUGCCUUUGCCGGUGUUGCCCAGAAGGAGCACGAGCCCCCAGUUCACAACAAGAGUGUCAUCAAGCACGAGGCUACCGGUUCUGCCACCGGUGCUGCCCACUCCACUGGUGCUGCCCACUCCACUGGUGCCGCCCACUCCACUGGUGCCGCCAAGGGCACUGGCAUCCAGACCGGCACCCACCCCGUCGUGACUGGCACCCCCAACAACGGCACCCACGGCGGUAACAACGGUACCGUCGUCGUUACCUCGACUGCCCCCUGCUUCACCUGCAAGAGUGGUAGCUCCACUAUCCCCGUCAACGUUCCCAGCCGUACCCCCAGCGCUAGCGCUAGCGCUGGUGCCGGUGGUUCUGGCUCCGGCUCUGGCUCCAGCUCUGGCGGCGGUGUUGGUGGCAGCUCUGGCUCCGGCUCCGGCUCUAGCUCUGGCUCCGGCUCUAGCUCUGGCUCCGGCUCUAGCUCUGGCUCCGGCUCUAGCUCUGGCUCUGGCUCCGGCUCUGGCUCCGGCUCCGGCUCUGGAUCCAGCUCUGGCGGCGGUGUUGGUGGCAGCUCUGGCUCUGGCUCUGGCUCCGGCUCUGGCUCCGGCUCUGGCAACACUCCUGCCUCCCCCAGCUCCACUGGCUUCACCCCCUCCAACCCCGGUUCUAAGGUCUCCGUUCCCCAGAUCGGUGCCGCCGGUGCUGCCAUGGCCUACGGUCUUAUGCUCCUUGCAUAA